GAACUGAAGCCUACAGCACCAAAGAAGAAGUGCCCCCCAGCAAAGGGCCUGGAGGGCAUCGCCCCCCUGGUGAGCUCAGCAGAGGAGACCCCGGUGCCCAUUAACACCGAGAUCAUGGGGAACAUUCCCGCCUGGAUCAACGGCAGCUUCCUAAGGAAUGGGCCGGGCAAGUUUGAGUUCGGCAAAGACAGCUACAACCACUGGUUCGACGGCAUGGCCAUGAUGCAUCGCUUCAACAUCCGCGACGGCCAGGUCACCUACUGCAGCCGAUUCCUGCGCAGUGACUCGUACGUGAGGAACUCCGAGGCUGACCGCAUCGUGGUGUCGGAGUUCGGAACGAUGGCCAUGCCUGACCCCUGCAAGAACAUUUUCGCUCGGUUUUUCUCUCGUUUCAAAGUCCCCAAGGCCACCGACAAUGCCAGUGUGAACUUUGUCAAGUACAAAGGAGACUAUUAUGUCAGCACUGAGACCAACUUCAUGCGACGUGUGGAUCCGCAGAGCUUGGAGACCAAGGAGAAGGUGGACUGGAGUAAGUACAUAGCUGUCAAUGCAGCCACAGCUCAUCCCCACUAUGACCGUGAAGGUGCCACAUACAACAUGGGCAACUCCUUUGGAAAAAGCGGCUGCUUCUACAACAUCAUCCGCGUGCCUGCCCCAGGCGAUGCUGAGAAGGAGGGCGACGCGGCUGGUCUCAGUGGAUCUCAGAUACUCUGCUCCAUUCCUGCCUCUGACUCCAGAAAGCCAUCCUACUACCACAGCUUUGCCAUGUCGGAGAACUAUGUGGUGUUCAUCGAGCAGCCUAUCAAACUGGACCUGCUGAAGUUCAUGCUUUACAACAUCCAGGGGAAGAGCUUCAACAAAGUAAUGAGCUGGGAGCCGGAGACCGAUACCAUCUUCCAUGUGGUGGACAGACGCACAGGGGAGCGUAGCAAGGUGAAGUACAGCACCCCGGCCAUGUUCACCCUGCACAUGAUCAACGCCUACGAGGAGAAGGACUUCCUGGUGAUGGACAUGUGCUGUGGUGACGAGGGGAACGUCAUCGGAGACUUCACCCUGGUGAACCUUCGCAGAGGCCCCGGAGAGGAGAUGGACAAGUUCUACAACGCCUUGUGCAGAAACCUUCCCCGGAGAUAUGUCAUUCCACUGACUGUGGAUAAAGACACGCCCACCGAUCAAAACCUUAUCACUCUGGGCAACUGUCAAGCUACAGCAGUGAAGAACAAAAAAGGGGAGGUUGUGUGCACACACGAGGACCUGUACGACGACGAGCUGCUGCAGUACGGUGGUCUGGAGUUUCCCGCCAUUAACUAUGCUCAAUACAACGCGAGGCCGUACCGCUACUACUAUGCCUGUGGCUUUGGGCAUGUGUUUGGUGAUUCCUUGCUGAAGAUGGAUGUUCAGACGAAACAAUUGAAGGCCUGGCGCCACCCGGGGUUGUUUCCAUCAGAGCCUGUUUUUGUCGCGGCCCCAAACGCUAGGGAAGAGGACGACGGGGUGGUAAUGUCCGUCAUCAUCACACCCAGACAGGAGAAGAGCACUUUCCUCCUGGUCCUUGAUGCCCAGACCUUCACAGAACUGGGCCGAGCGGAACUGCCUGUCAACAUUCCAUAUGGAACGCACGGGGUGUUCCAUGAGACGGGCUGAGGUUGCCAAUGUUUCAGGCCUUGCAGCCAGCAUUUUGGUUUUCGAACCAGUGACUAUGGAAGGAUGUGCAAGUCUCUCACCCAUGCAGGCUUACUUUGAAAGGUGUCGCUCCUGCUCUGUUUCCAUAUUUAAAACGUAGGCUGUUUUAAAAAACACACUUUAAAAUACUUCAAAGCACUACUACUAAGUAAGCUAUUGUUGCUAGCUACAGUAUAAUAAUCAGAGUGGGAUUGUAUAGGACAAUAUGUAGACUGCCGGUGUUGGGCCUAUUACAAAUCUGGAUGUGACACAGACCUACAUGCACCGCAUGUGCAUACAAAUAAGGGUUGUCCUGAAUGAUCUUGAUGGAUAAGCUCAGACUGUCCGAGCAGCUCACCACACUCUACACAUAUUUGUUCAGGUUCAUACGAUUUAUGUUCUCGUCAUGUCAUCAUGGGAAAUAAAAAAGUGUAUCCCAA